AUGAACUCGAGAUUCAAUGGUGCGAUACAACCGAAACGAACACUAUACAAGGAAAAUCAGCCUGGGAAGCUCAAUAUUAGAGACGAUUGUCUUAAAUCAGAUUUGCAACAAUUUCCCCCUGCUUCAAACCCUCAUGAAAACAAGACAGAAUCACUACCGACAGUGCAGGCGGAAUAUUUAGCUACAGAAAAGGCAGAGGUUCAGCUAGAGAUGGCGCAGAGUGGCAGGCAAAUACCCUCGAAUAUACCGGCUAGCCAAAUACCACUGUUAGGUAACUUACUUUCCGAUGCGGUUCAUAUUGGUCAGCGACGGAGAGCGAACAAGAAGCGGAGCGAAUAUCAAGCUACAGAUGAGCGACCAUUGAAACGUGUCCAGUUACAAUCACAGCAGGUUCCAGGACAGGGUAAUUACUGCCCCUUCUCGUUUACGACGCGCGAUAAGAUUGAAAAGCUCCCCGAAUCAUUUUGUACCGGGCUGAAGAGAAGUAAUUUAUGGAAAAAAGAGAAGGAGACCGGAGGGCUAGAGGUGACAAACUGUCUUUCUAUGUACCUGCCAGAGCGCAAGGCGGAUGCUUUCUUUGUAAUUAUGAUUGGCUACGAUGAUGGAUUUAACAUCUCAAAUUUUCUCGGUUUGGAAGAACCAGAGAUUUUAGAGCCAGAGGAAUACGUCACAGAAGAAGCUCUCUUAAGAGAUUGA